UCACCUCACGGUGAAUAAAGAGGCCACCCACCCCAAUUCCCAAGCCCUAGCGCCAGCAAAUCCUCCUGCGGCCGCCGUCACAGGCGCCGCCAUGGAGUCGCCACCGCUGCUCGAGCAAAUUCUCCUGCGGCCGGACGAGUACAUCGGUUCGGUGGAGAAGCAGACCCAGAUGCUCUGGGAGUACGAGAGCUUCCCGAUGAUGCGGCGAGCGGUUACCUACGUCCCCGGCCUCCAGAAGGUGUUCGACGAGGUCCUCGUCUACGCCGCCGAAAGGAAGCGGCGGGAUCCCUCGAUGGACGCCCUCCAUGUCGAGAUCGACGUCCCCGAGCGCCGGAUCUCUGUCUACAACAACGCCCAGGGUAUCCCCGUUGUACUCCACAAAGAGGAGGGCGUCUACAUGCCGGAGAUGAUCUUUGCACACCUUACCAGCAGCACCGACACCUCGACUGGCGUCAGACUUGCCAAUGUCUUCUCGACAGAGUUCAUCAUUGAGACUGCCGACGCGUGCCGUCUCAAGAAGUACAAGCAGGUUUUCUCUGAAAACAUGGGGAGGAGGUCGGAGCCUGAAAUCAGCGAUUGCAAGAAGGGGGAGAACUGGACCAGGAUCACCUUCAAGCCUGAUCUUGCUAAGUUCAACCUUACCCAUUUCGAACGGGACGUCAUAGCCCUUAUGAGGAAGAGAGUAUUUGAUGUUGCUGCAAUGCUGGGAGAGACUGUUCACGUUGUGUUGGAUGGCCAGAGGUUGCCUCUUAAGGACUUCUCAACUUAUGUCGAUUGGCAUAUCAUUUCCGCCAAAAAAAACAGACCUGUGGAAGAACUUCCAAGGAUUUGCGAAAAGGUAAAUGAUCAGUGGGAGGUAUGCUUGAGCCUAAGUGAGGGGCAGUUUGAACAGGUUAGUUUUGUAAAUGGAAUUGCAACCAUCAGGGGUGGAACACAUGUUGAUUACAUUGCAAACAAGAUCGCCACCCAUGUGAUGAAUUUUGUGAAUGAUAAAUGCAACAACUUUACUGCGCAACUGCAUGAUGUGAAAAGGCAUAUGUGGAUCUUCGUUAAUGCACGCAUUGAGAACCCUGCCUUUGAUUCACCGACGAAGGAGUUCUUGACGACUCAUGUGGAAAGCUUUGGGUCAAAUAAUUGUGACUUCUCUGAUAUUUUCUUGAACAAGGUUAUUAACUGCGGUCUUCUCUACGACAUGUUUGCUCCAGUUAAGUCAAAAGCCGGAAGGCGUUGAACACAACGAUCGAUUAUUUACGGCUUCAGUGGCAUCUUAUCUUACGUAUAACAUAUUAGAUGAUGGUGUUUAGUUUUAGAGCUUUGAAAUUUGAAAAGGUACCUCAAGGUUCCACUCUUUUUAGCUAAAAAAGUAGUACCUUGAGAUACUUUUCAAAUAUGAUAAAACCCUUAGUUUUGUACUCUGUUCUGUUCUGGUUUUACGAAGUUGGAUGACUGAAAAACCUAUACUACUACAUUUGAAUUUCGUCUCCUUUUCUUUUCUACUAGCUACCAUUUACC